AUGAAUGCGGACACGUUUGCUUCUCUACAGAUUAUCCAGCCUGAGGCGACCGCUUUCAAGCAGAGUACAGGAGCUCUUGGAGCCAAGGAGAACGCCAUCUCCAUUCACGCGCUCUUUCACAACCACGCCCGGAGCCCUCAGGGAAAGACUCUUUUACGUCAAGCCUUUUUGCGACCGUCGCUGGACAUCGACCACAUAAAUUCUCGCCUCGAUUUCGUAUCCGUUUUCGUCCGGCCGGAAAACCAAUCGCAGCGUCAAGGAAUUAGUAGAAGCUUGGGCAGGAUCAAGAACAUGAGGAACACCAUGACGUUGCUCCACAAGGGCAUUGAAAGUGCAAAGCAGAAAGUGAAUGCAUUCAAAGGAGGCGUCUGGUCAUCGCUGCUAGACUUCUGCUAUCACACGAUCGAUGUCUCAGAUACACUUCGAGAAGUCAUAGGAGCGGACCACCUUCCACUGUGUUCUCGGGCAGUCGAAAUGCUUGAUCGGCAUAAUCUGCAAAGAAUUGGUCGAGCUAUUCACGAGACUGUGGACGUGGAAUUAUCCAACGAGCAGCAACGGACCGUGGUCAAGCGUGGAAUCAAUGAUCAAUUGGACGAAGUCAAGGACGUGUAUGAUGGCAUGGACGAAAUCCUGUCUGAAAAGGCGAUCCAGAUUGCCAAAUCUGUGGGCUUGAACAUCGAGCUCAACGUCAUUUACUUUCCUCAUCUGGGCUUUCAUGUCACGAUUCCUUUGGACGAGACGACGCAUGAGCCGAUCUCCGAUGCGGGUGAGCUGGGUUGGCAGCACAUGUUUACCACCGAUCGCCAGGUGUACUACAAGGACCAGACAAUGCGUGAAAUGGACGAGGAACUCGGUGAUCUCUACGCUGAAAUCUGCGACUAUGAGGUUGAAAUUGCCUAUGACUUGGCACAGAAAAUCUUGCAAGAUGAGAAGGUCCUGAUAGCGGCAUCCGACUUAUGUGGCGAGCUGGAUUGCAACCUAGCAUUCGCCCAUUGUGCGCACGAGUACAGUUUAACUCGUCCUCGGAUCACCGAAGAAAACGUUAUUGACAUUCGACGUGGAAGACAUUUGCUGCAGGAGAAAUGUGUCUGUUCUUUCGUCCCUAACGACACUUUCAUCCAGGGCGGUGGUGGUAAAGAUGACCAGGCUCCAACCAACCCGUGCAUGUUGCUGUUGACGGGGCCGAACUAUUCUGGAAAGUCGGUGUAUCAGAAGCAGGUCGCCCUAGCAGUAUACAUGGCUCAAAUCGGAUCUUUCCUGCCGGCCGAGUCUGCUACCAUUGGUAUCACUGACAAAAUCUUGACCCGCAUCACCACACGAGAGACGGUAUCGAAGGUCCAGUCUGCCUUCAUGAUCGACAUGCAACAGAUCGCCAUGGCGCUCAACUCAUGCACCAGAAGGAGCCUGGUCGUGAUUGACGAGUUUGGUAAAGGGACCGGCACUUGCGACGGUGCCGGUCUUGCAGCGGGUGUAUUCCUUCACCUUGUCUCACUUGAGUCUGAAGCUCCAAAGGCUUUGGUAGCCACUCACUUCCACGAGAUUUUUGACGUCAAACUCUUUGAUGACCUGGAAAAUAUCUCUUUCGCACAUAUGGAAGUUCGAGUAGAUGUGAAGAACGGGUCCAAAGCCGCUGCAUACCAAAGUCAGGUCACCUAUCUCUACAACCUGCGGCCUGGCCGAAGCGACCUCUCCUAUGGUACACAAUGUGCAGCUAUGAACGGCAUAUCAGAGCACAUCGUUGAGCGCGCCUGCGAGCUAGCCCAACUGUCGAGCAGGGGUGAAGACCUGGUCGCACACUGUUCGGUGUUGAGCGAGGAUGACGCGGUGGAGCUGGAGUUUGCAGAGUCUGCAGCUGAGCUCUUCAUGGGCCAGAAAUUUGACCGGGAGAUGACGAGAGAUGAGCUGCUGGCUAUGCUGGAUGCAAUGCUCGAAGGGAGCGUCGAAGAGAUGGAGGAGCUCAGCAUGUGA